AAAAUAUCAGCCGAUGUUACGACACUAGCGGUAGUUUUAGCCGGGGAUUUUGGGUACAUUGCGGAUGGGGUUCAGCCAGCCAGGCUCGUACCGAAUGGAGGGGCAACGCCGCCGCCGUGCCGUUGUUUGCUAUGAACAAACUCCUUGAUAGCUGUUGUAUGAAAGCAGCCCCCCUCUGUAGACUACUCUGAGUGUGAUGGCGACCACCGACGAGGUCACGGUGUCCAUGGCGGAGGUGGUGAUGGUGAAGGGUGACAAUGAAGGAGAACCAGAUGACCCGAACAAGACUCAGGUCAUCCUCCAGCUCCAGCCAAUCCCCACUGGAGAUGAAUCUGCUGAAACAGAUGCAGCUGUCAUGACUGUUGAAGCACAUCCAGAACAAACUGAUGGAGAGGACGUUGAAAUUGGCUGUCCCAUAACAUGUGGCGAGAGUAAAGCUGUGUUGCUAGUGAAGAAAUUUGUAUGCCCAGGAAUCAAUGUAAAGUGUGUAAAGUAUGAAGACCAGCUGAUCAGCCCUAAGCAGUUUGUGCACAUGUCUGGGAAAGCCACUCUGAAAGACUGGAAGAGAGCCAUUCGGAUGGGUGGAGUCAUGCUAAGAAAAAUGAUGGAUUCGGGUCAGCUUGACUUCUACCAGCACAGCACUCUGUGCACCAACACAUGUCGCAGCACCAAGUUUGACCUGUUGAUCAACAACACGCGGUUCCCUCCUGACGGCUCCGGGCUGACCACGCCCACAUCCUCUCAAGCUCAGGUGGUCCUGGGUAAUGGUGGGACAGCGGGCGAGGACAGAGCAGAGGUUCUGAGUGCGAAGAUGGACUGGAUUUCAAGCUCGCUGGAGGCCGUGGACAGAAAGGAAUCGAACGAGAUCUCAGAGGACACGCUGAACUUCUGGAAGGGUAUCGCCGAUGUGGGUUUGCUGGGCGAAGUGGUGACCAACAUCAGCACAGAGCUGCUGGAGCUGCUGAAUGGCGUGCAGCAGCGCAGGGAGCCGGCUGGCUUACAGGACACAGAUUCCUGUCUGGUAGAGGUGGCGGUGCUCAGCAACCUUGCCCAAGUGUUCGGCCUGCUCGACUCGGUCAAGAAGACGCUGGAGAAGACGAGGCAGCAGAUGGAUCCCAGCCAGGAGCACACCCUCAGCACACUCACCAACCUGGAGGUGCAGCUGGAAGAACAGAGGAAGCAGCAGCAGGUGCGAGCUCUGCUGUCCUGCCCGCAGCCCGCCAAAAACAAAACUCCCACCAAGCGCCAGACCAAGCGACCGCGUCUCCAGAGGCCCGCCUCCACCACCACCCUCGUGACCUCGUCCCUCAACCAGCAGGCCGCCCUGCAGCCCCAGCAGUUCACCGUGCUCUCCCCCAUCUCGCUGUCCUCGGUGGGCCAGCCGUUUACCAUGGCGGGCCUGCCCAUCGCCUCUCUGGCCCAGUCCUCCAACACGGUCACCCUGCUCCCCGCCGGCUCACAGCUCUUCACCCGCUACAUGGUGACCGGCGGAGACGGAAAAGGGGACACCAUCACCUUGCACCCGUCCUCGGGCCUCACACUGGUGGGCACCGCCAUGCAGGACUCCAGCCAGCUGGGCACCAUGGUGAGCCCCAUAGAGCUGCUGCACCUGAGCCAGCAGGCCGGCGGCGGCGAGAUGGUGCCCAUAGAAGGCCAGGUGAUGGACGGUGCCAUGCUGGUGCAGCAGGAGGUGAUGCAGAGCGAGGCGGAGGCCGGCCAGGAGCACACGGUUAUCGAGAUCAACCCGGCUCCCAUGGAGCAGGCGGUGGGGGUGAUGGAGCUGCAGCUGAGCGAGGAGUCGGGCAGAGACGGGGCUGCCAUGAUGGUCCAGAGCGCGAUGGAGGUGACGAUGGCUGCAGCAGGGGAGGAGACGCAGUGCCAAAUGCAGGAGGCACAGACUGGGGGGGUUCAGGGGCUGCAGCUGGAUGCCAGCGGACAGUUGUCAGGGGUACAGAUAGUGGUGAUAGAAGAAAACACUCAGGAAGAAAACACGGUCAAAUGAAAUCCACCUCCUAUUUUAUCCAGCAGAGCAGGUAUGGACUCAUACGGAGCGAUCACAGACUUGUGAAACUGUAAAUACACAGAAUUUCCAAAUCCACAAAUUGCCUUGGCCUAAGACCAAGCUCUAGGGGUAGCCAUUUCCCUUUUUUGUGUGUGUGUGUGUGUGUGUGUGUGUGUGUGUGUGUGUGUGUGUGUGUGUGUGUGUGUGUGUGUGUGUGUGUGUGUGUGUGUACAUGCUCCUCUCAACUUGUUGAUUUUCAUUGAAACAAAAAGACAUCGCAACAAGGAAUCUACAGUAUGCUUCUGUUUGUUUUGUAUUUAAAGUAUGAUUCUAGGUUUAUUACAACUUAGGUCAAAUGCGUGUCAUUUUGGCUAUGAUUUCUAGCUGUAAUUAUAACUUUGUACUCAGCAAGUUAAACACUGAGAAAUGGGAAUGUGUCAAUAUUUCUUGACAGAAGUCAAACGGGGACCGGACACCUGAGUAGUCAGACAAUCAGGUUAGCCACACCUAAAAUGUCUGUUUUCCUGUACAAUGAUGGAUUAUUACCGACAUUUUCGGUGUGCUAACUUUCACGUUUACCUACAAAUAAAACGGGGGAGGAUCAGACUUUCCCUAAACACGGUCCCCAGACCCGUACCAGGUCCGUUUGCUACUGAGCCGUGAGGAAACAAAAUGAUUUGGCAAAAAGAGCUGAAUAAUGGUAACGUUUCAGGCUAUUUUUGCGAACCUAUGGAUACUGAUUUUGAUCUUAAAUAUGUCGAUCAACACCGACUUAGCUUGAUCUAAUCACUCAAUCUGUGAAUGCUGUGCUCAUGUUACUGUAGCUACCAUUUAGGAGAGAAAAAGCCUGGUGUCUUAACCUUUAUUUUGGUCACAAAAGUGGUUCACAACUACUUUGUCAAUUUAAAAAUGAUCUGUAGAGCUGUCUGCUUGUGUUUCUUGCCCCAUGUGGCUUCGUUGAAGAGAUGUCACUGUGUCCCCAGAUCUCAGCAAUAACCUCGGUCAGUACAAAGUCAUCAAAACCAACAGAAACGAUGGCCAAAAUGACAACAAAAAAAUACCUCUGUUGUAAUAAUCUGGAAUCAUCCUUCAAGCCUCCAAGAACAACCUGAGGACAAGGGAAUGCACUGCAACUGUAAAGUCUUAAUGGUGCUGAUGGACACUGACUCAGUAGCAGCGGGCUGCAAGUCCCAGCCCUCUACUGUUGAUCAGACGUAUUACCAGUUAACAGUGUUGCUGUCACUUCAGGCUGGGAUUAAUUGCACUGUUGUGUCGUAGUGUCGCAUCCAAGCUGUAAUGUUUUUUGCACUGUGUGGCGUCCUUACAGGACUACAGGAAGAUGUUUGCAACAAUGCCUGCUCUCCAAACAUUUCUUUAGAAUUUGAGUGUUUUUUAUGUGCAUAGUUAAAUGGAAAACAGACUCAACUUCUCCUCUCACUGGAUAUGCAUCGCUUAUGCACUUAUUCUCUCAGUGGUUUCUUAUUGCCUGUUUUCAUUCACAAACUUUUUUACUGUGUUCAUCUACGUUUUUUUUUCUCAGUAUGAUAGAUAGUGUGAGCUACUGGGCUUAUUGUUUAAGUCAAUCUAUAUAUAUAUAUAUAUAUAUAUAUAUAUAUAUAUAAACAUAUAUGUAUACCUAAAUGUCAAACUCGGUAUGCCUGUAUUUUAGUGUCAUUUAUUAGUUUCCGAACUGAAGAGUUGGGCCUCUCUGUUUAAGUUGCAACAUGGAUUAAUUUAUGCUCCCGGCUGUAAUUUACAUCAACAAAGACUUGUGCAUUUCCAAUAAUUUAAUUUAACAAAUGAGGGUAUUUGCAUACUGACUUUGUAAUGUGUUUUAAUAUCAGAUUAAAACAGAAAACAAAACAAA